AUGAGACUCGCAGUCCCCGCCCUCCUUCUGGGUGCAGUCUCUGGACUCUGUGAAGCCGGUGUCUUGCCCAUCAGACAAGCGCCAAAUCCACCAUGCUCUCCUGCGACCCUUUGGAACUACGCCACAGUCACUCAAACCAUCAUUCAAGCCCCUGCAACCGUCACUAUCCUUCAACAAGACCCAAAUGCAGUUGCGAGUUCCAUGGCUGUGUUGGACACGGCCCAAGUCAGCAUCCUGAGCAUCGAGAAUCCUGUUUCUGCUAGACCAAUCCCUGCCACUCAAACCUUCACUCAUUCUGUCCAAGUCUCUGGCUACGAAGCCACUGAAAUCCCCAACACCGGCCCAUCCGUUUUCUACAUGUCCAAGGGUCCUUCCAGCACCGAUUGGACCUUCCAGCCGUCAGCGUUUAUCGUUGCCGAAGUCACUACGGUCACUGUUUUACCUGUCCCGGCCAUCACCUCUGCCCGACAGGAAGCCCAGAACAAUACUGCACACAGCGCUUUCCACACGCCCUUCUCGAGUCCAUUUGCUGGCUGGAAUGACACUUUGACCGGCUCUCCUAUCGGUGGCGCGUCUGCAGCUGGCACUGGCACUUCUUACGGACCGCCUGCGCCUCUCGCCUCGUCAACAGAAGUCCAGCCAACUCAGUCCUUGUACACGUCCACGGUCACGGAGAUUUCCACGGUCUACGCAACGAGCUUUGCCCCUACGAACGGAUAUGGAACACCAGCCUAUGGUUACGACACCUCCGCAUAUGGCUAUGAUCCAAUGUCAGUCGCCGGAGACGAUCUGGAGAAGAGACAGACCUGCGUAUGGAUUUCUGCAACAAUUGGAGGGCAAGAGGUUGGAUGGUGCAACAAUUGGGCCGGAGGGUCAACACUGACUUUCACCUCGUGGGAAACGACCACGACUCCUACUUACGUCCCCGGUAUUGGCCCCAUUACCACGUCCGGAGGGUCUGUCACGAUUCAGACAUCUACCGACUGGUCCAGCUCCUCAUCGCCGGCCGCAACGCCAACUGCUUGUGGCGAAACUGGUCCUUUCCGAAUUGGAUUCGAUGACCUACCCGUUUUCUCUACCACCGACAAUGACACCGCGGACUUCCCACCUAUUUUCAAUCCAUACGACCACUUCUUCUGGGGCGAUGGAUGGGCCUACGUACCUCCGCCGACCGAGCCUUUCCCUCCACAGUCAGGUGGCCGACUCGCUCAGUUUGUCCCGUCACUCAACAACGCUGUGAGCGGUUCUCCGAGUGCGGGUGCCAUCCCACCCAGUUCAUUCGGAGCCGGACCUCGCAAUUAUGACAACAACUAUUGGUUCAGCGCCAGUUCCGCCUACGUUGGAUGCGAUAACGGGUCCAGAAAUCUGAGCAAGAUAUGCGACUUUGUUGCCACAGCUUAUCAGUGGGACAACGUUACAGAGAUGGAGGUGGUAGUAGCCACUCAGCAUUUCCGUAUUCCUCCAUGUCCGGACUUCAACAAGUGCCAGCUCACCCAGAUCGAUUUCAACUAUCUCUUCUACAAGAUGUCCACCCUGAGCUUCUACGCCAAUGUUCAAGGCCAGGUCAGUCAGUUCUGGAUUGACAGUAUCGACAUGAAUUGGUACAACAACACUUGUGCAGCAGGUCUGGCUAGGAUACAGUCGAGGAAAAUCUAA